AUGCGCGCCCUAUACGCAGUCUUGGAGGCCAGACGUAAGAAAGUAUUUUUUCGCUGUGAGGGUCAUGGAACCAUGCAACAACUUGCCCGAGCCGACUGUUAUAUCGCGUCCUGUGGAGAGAUUGGAACAUCGGCUCGGCGGACAUAUGCUGCAGCAACAUGCAUACUAUGUGACUGCGUAACCACAAAAAUUACUGACCUAUACGAGUCCAGCUUGAUGCUGUAAGUUCUUUACAUUGUUGAUAAUUUUAUGGAUUUUUGUUCGACGAAUAUGGAGAUGGAAGGCACAAAACUCAUUGCAUCAAAUAAACUGAACUGAACUGAAAAUUCCUCAUACCACUAACACCACCACUAAACUUUCUCUGCUGUUUGCUGUCAGGUAUACAUCGAUUUCAUAUUGACCCAACCGUGAAAAGCUCGGCGACUCGGUGGGAUUCAAACCCACGCAGUAAGGGGAAGGCUUUAGUACACCCAACGAUCCAACCACUUGAGCUACGAGGCGCCACCGGACGACGCGAGUUUAAUCGCAUUUGGGUCAAGUUACCCGCCCAACCUGCUGCAACGUCUGGAAUCCACCAAAUCUGAUGCAGUAUGUUGACUGCCCAAGCAGAAUUUCUUAAGCCUAGUAGUCAUGUGGUCUAUUCUAGGUGAGUUACUUAGGAAAUCCUGCUUGGUCAGUCAACAUACUGUAUCAGAUUUGGUGGAUUACAGACGUCGCAGUAGGUUGGGCGGGUAACUUGACCCAAAUGCGAUUAAACUCGCGUCGUCCGGCGGGGCCUCGUACCUCAAGUGGUUAGCGCGUUGGGUUUACUAAAGCCUUACCCUUACUGCGUGGGUUUGAAUCCCACCGAGGCGCCGAGUUUUUCACAAUUGGGUCACUAUAAAUUAUUCAAAAUGUGCCAAAAUAUCUAUGAAAUAAAUCGAUUUAUAAUAAUAUGUUUAUCGAUGUUAGCUUGCGAAAUAGCCUAUCCACUUUCGUCGAAACCUGUGUCUUUGGCUUAACACCGACUCGACUGAGCGUUCAUUUUCCUUAUCUUCCCCGAGCUGCAUUCUCCAUAUCUCUGGAGAUGGACUAUCCUAAAUUAUGUCCGCUGCCUCGACCGCUGCCGCUGUCACCGCCACCGCCAAAUUGCCUUAUCUGCUCGCAUUUUCCUCUGCGCAAGUAAUUUUGCUUUAUACGAUCCUCAGGAGUAAUCUCGAUUUUUUCAGCCGAUGCAUUAUCCUCGACAAAACGGGCCAUCCUCCCAAACCAACGUCUCAAGGAAGCAAUGAGGGCCAUAUUAUCGCACACGCUCUCGACCGCCUCCCCUUCACUAGCCGCUAACCCUAAUUGGAAUUCCGUUCUGGUCACUGUGAUGUCGAGAUCUCACUUCAGUUGUUGGUCUCACACUGCGCUUGCCAAUAUCUAAAGUCCGCAGGCGCACUACAGUGAUACCUUGUCUUCACCAGCUAAACUGUCUUCGGUUUUUCAUCCUUCCCUCAAAAAGAACCUGAUCUGCUCCUCCAUAUCCACUCCCGAAGCAGUUUUUACCUGAGACAUUUUGAAAGCAAGUGUUCCCCAAACCCACAAUUUGCUUUUAAAUUGUUGGGAGUUUUUUCACUGUUGGGUCCGUAGCACACAGCAUUUUCCUAAAAACUUGUCACUUGAAGUUUGUGAAUAUCAUUUUUAUAAUCAAAUGCAUGGUAUGUGAACGGACGGAUGCGUUGGAUACUUUAUGUAGCCGAAUUUAUGAACUCUACUGUUUUAUCUGGCGGCCCGGACUGGGCAUUACUGACCACAAUGCCUACAAUUUGCCAAUCGACUCAGUGUGAACUUUGUCUAAAAAGUACCCUCUGUGCGCCUAAGAACUGCUAUUAUUUUUUUUGCCCUCUUACUCACUCAUCUUCAACAGUCAUGGCCUUCCCACGGCGCAGGUAACGCUGUUAGCCGGUCUAGGCUUUCGUUAGAUCUCUAUUUUCAAUGCUUUAUUUUGGUUCAGAGCGCAUGUGUAUUUUCAUUAAGACUGCAAGGAAUCCUAGAUGGUCGGAAUAGAUGCGGUCUUGUAUUGGAGACCAAACUGAUCGUAUAACCCCUUCAUUGGAGGUUUGGCGUUUGUACCCGAAAGUGUCACGGACGUAUGCGUCUUGACUUCUUUUGCUAAAAUGCCUAUCAUACCAGUGACAUAAAUUAGUUUUAAUUUUGCAGCCUCUGUAGAGUUUCUUUUCUGCUUAUAUCUUAAAAAGUUGGCCUGGAUCUGAGGAGUAAGGCUACUCUGUCUUUCUAAUGUAUGCUUGCGUAAUUUAUAUCACGGGCAAGUAUUCGUGUUAAACUGUUGCGACUCCUUUGUUCUUGCAUAACUAGAUUGUUUUCGAGAGGUACGGCUCAGGAGCAUUAUAGACACCAGAAAUAUCCAGAGUUAGGACUGCGUAGAAUAGUCUUUCCAGGAUUAGUUCAAGUUAGAUUGGGCUAUUCCACUGGGUUAAGCGAACUCUAAACUUUCGGAUUACACCAUUACACUACGUCUGCUAAAAUUAGAAUUGCGUAUUAAGUAUUCAGUUGCAGGUAGAGUGUCACGAACUUCGAUAUCCACCCAUAAAUUUUGUAGCUUACGCGUUUUAUCAUUGAAGUGCUUACUGUAUUUCUGGCCUCGCUUUAUACGGACUGCAGUUUUUUCACCACUUCAGAGUUUUGCGACCGGUGAUGGCUAUUGUUGCUCUUAUGUGCUUGAGGCCAUGUGCUUCGAUUUUCACUAAAUUACAUUAAUGAAGCUUGGUAUCCAGAUAUACUGAAAACUCACCUCUAGUGCGCGGAGUUUUUGACCGUCAGCACGGAGCUUUGAAAGGUUUUAGAAGCUCCGUGCUUUACGUCCUCGUAAGCUAACUUAACUCUUCCUUCAGGCUGUUGAUAUGUCUGGCUAGCUCACUUUCCUGCGUCCGCGUAGGGCAACUUAAGUUUAUGGAGAUCCUACGGAUAGUCACUUAGUCUCUUAAGAGCUGUGGCGUCUGAACGAAUUUUCUGUUUCGUUCGGUUAAGUCUGUUUGCGUUCCGACUAUAUAAGGGUCAUAGGCAAAAGUUAGACGUUUGGUAUAUAAUGAGUAACUAGGCCAAUUAUCGUAAUCCACAGUCAAUUAUACGGCGCGCCGAGUACCGCAUUUUUCACUUGCGUUUCCAACCUCAAUUGACCCCAAUUUGUUCUUUUUUGAGACUUUGCUGCCCCCUAUCGAGCAGUUAGAAUACAUGCUCAUCAAUGAGUGAAAUCCUUAAAAGAUAUAACCUGGGACUAGAUUUUUAGUAGGCACAUGAAACCCUUGCCCGAAAAGCAGAUUCUCCUUUUGUAACUUCACUAUUUUGCAAAUAAUAUGUUACUACCUCUUAAUUUCAGGUCUAUUGUUCAAGUCGCGACUGCUCAAUCUGACAUAUUCUCCUGUGAUUUCAACUUUCUAGUUGGGAAAACCACUCAGCUCUCCCAGUAAACAGGACACUCUGCUACCCUAUUUUCCGUCGUUGCUCUGUAAACUCUCGCAUUAGCCCGUUUAUAUAUUCAUUUCUGCAGAACUCCUUCUUUCCCAAUGGUGGUGAAACUCGGAAGUCGUGCCGUAAAGCCCUUCCGGGGUCUCAUAUUUCUAUCAAGCCUGAUCAAUGGGGUAUUACAACUUAUUUCAUCCUCAUCCAUAUCUUCAGUUUGUCUCGAUUCCAGUCCUCGUGCUUGGAUUCUACUUACGUUUUACGCCGGACCCGCAAAUGGCUGUGUUUGGAAUGUCACGUGUCCAUUCAGUUGGCAUUACCCUGAUUAUCAUUGGGGUAGCUGUGCUGGGCACCGCCCUAGUUGGAGGCAUUUCUGCUGUAAAGGGAGAUAAAAGACUAGAAUUCGCAGUAAUUAUAUUUGCUUUACAUAGAAUCCCUUAGUACUUCUUUUUCUUGCUGUUUCUGACUCUGGCCCUUUUUGGAAUUGGCGGAUACUCCUAUUACUAUAGAUCUGCGGUGAGUCUCAUUCCUGUAUUAGUUGUGUCAGAUAAUUUCAAAUAAUUUUUAAGCAUAGUUACCAACCCCUUGUUUCUCCGUGCGCUUCUGCUUCUAGUCCCGUAUUCUGUGUCACGAAUUUCAUUUAUCAGUCGUUAUUUUUUAAUUCAUUGAAAUUUCAGGUUUUGUCAAGAUGGCCCUUUUUCACCAUCCAUUUAGCUUUAACGGACGACUGUUAAAUAUUCCACGGACGCAAGCCGGCAGUUUUCUUUACAGUUUCUCGAUCGGUUAUUAAACUUCAGUUCAUUUCGAUUGAAAUGAUUGCUUGUGUUUUCGGCCUGUUUCGCAAUGUGUUUGCAUUAAUUUUUUGCGCUUUUGGCUAUUGUAGACGAACUCUGCUACUUAAACUAGAGAGUAUUUCGUCCUCGUAUUUUCCUUUAUGCCGUUAGCUCAGGUCCAUGUUAUCUGGCUGAAGUUAGAGGGGUUUUGCGCACAAACCCCUUCGAUUGCAUAAACGGACAAAUGCGUUGUUAAGUGUUUGUGACCUCCAGGAGUCAAUGAAAACCUUGCGCAGCAUGGUAACAAUGUCGAUAGAAGUUCAACCAUAUACAUGUGAAGUUUUUUUGUUCGACAAACAGUCAAGCUCAAGAACCUUAUAUCUACAAAGUCUCCGCUAAUCCCUAGAUGUUAACCAAUAUAUUAUUUCUUUUGCACAAACCACCGACAAAUAUCCGUCGAAACAGUCUGAGCAAGUACUUCCCGCAAGUCCUCUUUCGUUUGGAACGAUUGACAGGAAUAAUUAACAUCAGAGGGGAUGAAUCGCGCGUGAACAAUUGCUUUUUAUGUCUCAUUUGGGACGUAUUUCAGUUGGUGCAUGAGAGCGCAAUGGAAAAAGGGCAAAAAUAAUUAUUUCCGCACGUCGAAGUGUCAAAAGUUGUCGAUAUUGUAAUUUGGUGCGAUUCUUGAACUUGUUCGUCAAAGAUUUCCGAAAUGAUCUAAUGAGACCGGAGUAGACCGGCAGGAGAAUGCCAGUAUGGAGUGCCAAAUGAAAAAUGUCUUUGCAGCCCAUUAUGUAUUGGACUUCGCAGUGUUCGAGUAGUCAGUACCUGUAAAUUCCCUGUGCACGAGUUCUCCUAGGGGACUGAGCCAAAGUCAUCCAAAUUGCUUCAUUUAAAGAAAACUACGCGAUAGCAGUCUGUUACUUCGAAUUCCAAGAAACACGGAGUUCCCAGUACGCAGCACUGCUUAAUUUUUCCGCUAUCGAUACUUAUACGUUAAAACCUCCCUUGCAGUAGUAACUUUGACUUAAAGUAUUCAGGUGACCUGUGCAAAUUGCUGCAAUUGCAUGACCUACGUGUUUGUUUUUCUAAAACUUGUCAUCGACGUUAUAUCCUUGAAGUUAUGAGAUGACGUACCGCACAAAUCGAUGUGUUUUUAAACAGGAAAAUUGUUUCGUUUUCGGUCUGUGAUAUCCGACUACAUGAGACUUCAAUCUGAAACUACAGAGGACAGCCUUAUAAGGAAAAAUAGUUGAUAAAUCACGAAAUGGUUGAUGCCUACGAUGUCUUCUCUGUACACCAGAGAGAUCUGAAUGGUCACCUCGGGCUUGAUGCUAUGAUUAGACAACUGUUUGCUCAAGCAUUGUGGCCCACCACUUGACUUACAGCUCCUUCAUAUCGACGACCAGCUUAAUCUGCCUGUGAUUCUCAGGUUCCCCCACCGGGGUCGGAACAAAGGUCACAAAUAAGCCAUCCAGCCUUCCGCCACCCUAUCAGUAACGCGCGCCAUAUUCUGCUACUACCUGCCUUGAUGCAUUCGCUGUGCCUUCCAACCUACCGCAAUGCAUGCUGGCAUUGGUUAUGCAGGAGUAAAAAAAAUUAGUAAAAUUGUUGCUAAACCACGCGAAUUGCGCCGACGUUUACUCCGACUGCCAUUUGCUACGACCUGUGCCCUUUUCAGAGGCUGCCGACUUGCCAUCUUGGAGCUGGACAAGACCUAAAGGUGUUACUACCGCAUGACACCUGACGGCCUAUUCUUCAGGCUCGGGAGCUUCGAGUCUUUACUGAAGGGUAUUCCACUAUCCGUCAGAUGUCAGGUGGCUUGCAGCUAAGUUAAAAGUGGUUGUACACCUCUUGUAGGUUGUGCUGGCCCAUCUAACUUGUACGAGCAACUGUAUCCGAGCUCUUUCCGACUGCCUCCCGCCUGCCCAAUCACUGCAUGCAUUGAAAUCGUCAGCAUGCACACAUCGAAUACGUUUAUCGGUCGCGCAAACCUCUCUCCCCAACUUUUCAUUCUUGGCUGGAUAGCUGUAGCCAGCCUAGACCCCAGUAGUCAACUUGUUCCAGUCUCCAUCAGGAUGGCGCAGAUGAUCACAGAAUCGCUGACCUUCCAAUGUCCUUUGCAUCUGCCCCAUCUUAAUAUUCAGAAAAGCGCCAUUAGCUUUCCGUAUCUAACGUAUUUCUCAAAAUGGGUCUGCAAAUUCUUCGAAACAGCUUCGAAGAGACGUAAUUACAACUUUAAGAGAAAUAUUACACACUGCCGAAGGCUGUUUCACGUCGUCUUCUCAAACCCCAAUUAUUAGUUUCACAUUUUUAUUGGUCUUCAUUUUCAGCUGACCCAGUCAACUGCUGACGUGAUGGACAGCAAAAUUAUCGCCGACUACGGCUUUGAUCAUGAACUCACCAAUAUCAUUGACCAACUGCAGGUUGACGUAAGUAAAACCGUCGUUCUUUUUUCUUUGCGGCUGUUCGACGUGCUCGUGUAUGCCUCUAGAGUCACGAACUGCUACUGCUACUACUACUGCUGCGGCUCCUACUACUACGACGACUACUACUACCACUUUUACUACUACUACGACGACUAUUACUGCCACCAUCACCACCACCACCACCACCACCACCACCACCACCACCACCACCACCACCACCACCAUCACCACCACCAACACCACCACCAUCGUCGUUAUCGUCAUUAUCCCAAGUCUCAAACUGAUCUCGCGCAUCGGACUGCUGACGGUUACAUACCUGGUUGAGUUACCGCAGACACGCUUGUUUAUGCGUGGUCCUGAGUUGACGGUGCUCUGUGUAAAUGGAACGAAUCCAUAUCUUCACAGCUGGGUUGUGUGAAAUCGUUUUGAUCUAAGACAAGGAGUCGCAGAGCACGCAGGACGUGUCCGCUGCAUCUUCGUUUAGUUGGAGUCCGUUCUACACUAAAAGCCGUUCGUUGAAAUCCAUCGAUUUCUUACAACCUAGCAAGACCGUCGAACGAGUAAAUGCCCCACGCGGUCAGGUUUACGCCUCUGCAUACCAAAAUAAGUAUCCAGUUCUACCUAGUCGCAGGCGUCGCGUGGGCGCAGGGGGGUAAAAGUGCUGAGUAACUAUCGCCCCUCCGCCUAAGUCGCCAUUAUUUGCAUUUUUGUUGUUCCGUAAUGUAAGCCCAUCACACAUCUCCGCCUUGUCAAUACAAGAUUUCUGCUUUUCAAGCAGGCUAACGUCUCGGUCUUGUUCACUCUUCUGACCUAGCGGUGCGUUGUUUGCCGUGCCACAGAAACCAGUUGCAAUCAAGCCUGGUUCUGGAGCUCCGCAGAUUAGCUAACUGACUCAUGGACUGCAGUAUGACCAGGGUUGAAUUCAGCUGCAAGAUCUUUGUCAUUAUAUCGUUGUCCAACUAUGUUGCUUUUAGAGGGGAAAUUUUAUAAGCGGCGGAAGUUGUCAAGGGUCUCUCCUGAAACUCCAGAGUCGGACAGUUUGGGUCACAGUUAGUAGAGGAGGGAGGUGAAGCUACAUAUAGUCCGUGACCUAUCUCAUGAAAGGUCACGAACUGCGAACUAAAAUCGCUGUAGUGCACGAAACGCCCACCCUGCAUCCACGAAAGUUACACUGCGUUAAAUAUACGACCGAGCUUCCAGACAAGACACAGCUUAGUUUGCACACUAUUAUUUACGGACUAAGAAAUGAUUUAUUUUACACAAAGCCACCAGAUCAAAAGAACGACUUUACGACAAGUCAAUUAUUUAAGGCCUAAUAUAACUGUCAUCAGAGAAAAAAGCGUUAUACAACGACAAAAUGAUGACUGACAGACAGUAACAACUACAACGUAUUAAUGCUUUGUCGAUUGUCCUUUGGCUUUCAAAGUUGCUGUAAGCCGGGGGGGGGGGUGGCAUGGAGGCUGCUAAGUUGUACAUGGUGGUUUGGCCUGUAUAAUUAUUAAGCACAAAAUCCAACUUUUGGUGCGUUGGGAGAUGUUUUCAUGCCUUGUCCUAAUUCCUAUUGGUUAACGCAAAAAUAUUUUCGAUAGAAUUCAGGUGCGAGCUGUUAGCGAGAAUAAAAAUGCUUCGAAGACCGCAGGCAUGGAUAUCCGGAAACGCCAAAUUUUGCCUAAUUUUGGCCUGUUACCCCUCAGUAAAACAGAUCUAACGUGAAGUCUUAUUUAGAAAAUGGCUUUCUGCGACUCCACUUAACUCUAAAAAUAAAACUAACCACACCAAAUAUAUGCCGUACCACCAACCCCAAUGCCGAUCUGGACAUUUCAUGAGUUAGGUCAUCUGCUGUAAGUUACCUUAUUACUAAACGGGACUUUCACAAAAACGAGUACGCAUGAAAACAUUCUAAAUGACUGGGAUUAGGGAAAUUCGAUCAAAUGAAGGCCGCACCUAACAUUUAUUGCUAAGAGCUGACAAAAUCAAGUAACUGCGGCCCAUCAGCUUCAUUGGAGUUGAUCCGAGUAGUUAUUACAUUUGUUGCUUCAGCAACCACCCACCGUUUCGCCAGACUUGCGUUCACCGGUGGCCUUUACGAUAGGCCCUUCGGAAGCAUAUGCUUGUCAAGGCAUCUGUGGAGAAAUUGUCUUCGCGCGUGCACAGAAGACACGAAAGGUGAAUAUUUCCCAACGUGCUGACUCAAGCGUUUCGCGUACGAAAGUAUUGCUACUAGAAGCACAGAUGUGCGCUUCGGACAUAAAUGAGAAGAAAAGGCGAUCUCGGGAAUCAUAGCUUUACUGUCCUGACGUUUCAAAAGCCAAGAAGCUGCCAUCGUCCAGGAGACCGGCAAAGGACUACAGACCCGUGUUGGAGAACACUUGAGGAUAGUAAGGCGAAUGGACCCUUUGUCUCUGGUGGCAGAACACUGCGCCGAUUCUGAACACACGCUCGCCUUCCAGCAUGCCGAAAUUCUGGGCCGAGUAAACGACCGCAUAGCCAGGAGAACAAUCGAGGCUUGGCACACGGGACAACCCCCAUCAACCGUUGUGUGGCUGUUCCCGCUGCCUACAAAGCCCUUCAAGCGCAACUCAGUGAACAAAUGAGCAAACGUGAACGCAGGCUAGACAUGAACCCAAACAUGGGCGAGUCCAUGGCUGAUACACACUCAGUCGCCCCUCAACCUGGGUCCGACGAGGGCGCAGUCGUCACCACACUAUCCAUCCACUAGUACGGCAGACGAGAAAACGGACAGUCGGCGCGUCGUUAACAAGGCUGCCAGCAUUGAACGGCAGCUAAGUUCAAUGAGGGUACGAACGACGGCCGCCAACGUCUCAACGCCGUCCCCCGAUGUAGAUUGAGUACGUUGCGUCACCCUCCCCCCCCCCGUCCGCCACAGUCCUUCCGUGCUUGCGGCUGGUGAUCAUUAAUCUGAUACACCACCCCCUCAUCCGGCGAAAGGACGCUCUGGGACUCCAUCCCCCGCCCCUUUCUCCCUACCGCCCUGACUUCAUAUGUAAAAACCCGUCUUGACAUGACUGUCACCCACCUAUAAAUACUGUGAGGCGCGAUACCACACUCACCUCCGACGAUGGAAGCUUGUUUGCUUUUGAAACGUCAGGACGGUAAAACUAUGAUUCCUGAGAUCGCCUUUUCUUCUCAUUUGUGUCCGGGGACGCGCAUCUUCGCUUCUAUUAGCAAUAUAUAUAUAUAUAUAUAUAUAUAUAUAUAAUGUUAGGGGGCGCUCACCGAUCGUUCAUACGGAACUCACUCGUUCCGUUGUGCCUUAUGGACUCUCUCUCGAGCCCAACCAGCAGCCGCACAGCGGCGCAUGAUAUAUAGGCAGAAUGGUAUUACCUUGUCUUUGUCGGUAAUACCAUUCUGCCUAUAUAUAUAUAUAUAGGGACCUAUUUAAACCGUGUAAUUUUCUAAUAUUUCCUAUCUCCGAUGAUGCGCUCGAGUAUGAGUGUGAAACGUCAGAUGAAUAAAUCAUCAUCCCCAGAGCUCGCCUUACCAUCUUCUUCAAUUUCAACACCUGGGGUCAGCAUUUUCGCCUACAUCCAUAUAUAUAUAUAUAUAUUUAUAUAAAGAAGGAUCGUCGGAAAAAAUCGAGUUGUACUCGUUAUACACAGACUCAAGUGCGUCUGAUGACGACCUGGGGAACCGGCGUCCAAAAUUUACGCAAUAAAUUCCUUUUCCCAAAGAACACCUUUGACUUCAACGUAUAUAUGUAUGUAUACAUGCAUAUCCCAAAGACUUUUAGUGGCAAUGCAUGAGACAGAAAGAGUCAAAAGAAGCAGAACCGGGUACUUCCAAUUAGGCACCCUAGCCAUAUACUUGUCGAGCCCUCUCUUUCAUCAAGAGGGUGUCUGAACUCACUUAAAGACAUUCAAAGAAACCAAAUUCUAAUGGCACACAGACUGAAGACUACAUUACGCACCAAAUUUUACAACCUAGGGGCGGGGUUGACUACUUGAAUAAAAAAAAGUCAUUUUCAGGACCCUGUGUGAAACCUGUAGUGCAGUUUACUGUGGUCAAACGGGAAAGUCGGCUUCUACACGCAUUCACAAAAACCAAUUGACCGCAAAGAGGCUCAAACGGCCAUGUAUACCGGGCACACCUUCUUUUGAGACAGAACUCGCAUUGUCGGCGUCUUCCCCCUCAAAAAGACUGAGUCUCUCAAUGCCAUGCACUCGGGUGAAUCAUGCAUCAACGCCGAGCGAUUAUCGAUUUUUAGGUGCACUUAGGAUGUUAACUGUUGUUGAUACAUUUGCUCUGCGUCUGACGACGGCCUGAGGAAUCGGCGUCGAAAAUUUACGCAAUAAAGUUCCUUUUCCGAGCGAACUUAUUUGACUUUAGCAUGUAUAGAUCAGGUACAUUCUAGCCCCGAUUCUAGCGACCCCUGUCCUGAUUGGUGUUUACGCGCUCUUCUUGGUAGCGUUGCUUAGGCAUACUUACGAUGAAGGUUGACACACUCUUGAAAGUGCCCUUUCGAUAGUAUUUCAGUGUGCUUUAUCUGAAGCUAGGUUUUGGGGGUAUUUUCUCGGCAAAAUUAGAGGCUUGUGCUCCAUGCGCACGUAAAGUUUACUAUGUUGACCAUAGUGAAUUCACACGGACUCGCAUUGCAUCCUAGUAGAAUAUACUAACCGUAUUUACGCAGCUGUAAAUUCGCCUCCUCUUUGUCUGAAAGUAGCACGUGACAGUUGCUGCUAUGGCGGCCGAUUGGGCGUGUGGCCAGGUGCGGCUGAUUGCUGUUCGCCAUUUUCUCAGGCAAGUAUCCGUCGACGGCCUAAUCGCUGUCGUACAAACAGAUUAUUCGAAUGAGCCUUAUUGCCCGGGAGCUUGCCGGACAUUGUCGCACACCAAAACCUACCCAAACACACUUUUUGGUGGUUUGCUGGAGUCAAAUUUAUUCCAGUUAACACUGGAGAGAGGUGAUUUAUGCGAACAGAUAUAAUCAGAGAACCAUUGCUUGCUUACCUGCCGUCGGCUGUCAGCUACACAUGGUUUUUGAUUGUUGGCAAACAGGGGAAGUUGUACAAGUUUUGAUGACUGGAAGAUUCCGAUCACAGUGACAAGUGGCCCAUUUUACUUGUUGGAAAACUUCUCUCCUUGUCACUUUUGGGAUUCUCCAUAGUCCUUCGUCCGGAACGGGCCGGACAGAAACUCUUGAAUAGCCAGACACGAAUUUUGCCGGUCAAGUGAUUUUAAGUGAAUUGAGGUGAUAUCCGGAGACAACUUAUAUCUUAUCAGACAUCUCUAAGAACAUGCCCUACCCUUAAUUGUCAAAUGCAGAGUUGUGUGAUUAUUUACCGUACUACCAACACAGGUAUUAGUUAAAAGCCCAGACACGCGCUUUUCGCCGAUCUUAUGUCUCUGUCCGACUCAGCUGCGAGGGGUUCGGCUCAUCAGUAGAUCCCCCGCUUUCCUAGUACGUUUUCUGGCAUAUGAUUUACUCUAAGUUCGCGCAUUAAUUUCCUCGGAAAUUAAACAAGACAUGUCCAAUGUAAGCCUCAAAAUGCACCACCACCACCACCACCACCACCACCACCACCACCACCACCACCACCACCACCACCACCACUACCGCCACCACCGAUCGCACUUGCUUUUUCCAGAUUGUCUUGCUGAACUACCAGUUUUUUAAAGCGUUCGAUGAUCGUUCGCAGUGGAACAGGUCACGAAAUUUAUUACGUCGCUGAAUUCUGAGUUUUCCACCAACUUCGCCUUUUCAAAGUUUUGGCAAAGAUCGGGUGAAGGAUUCAAACACACACGACCAGCCAAAGGCGCCUGUGUUACUGGAAAUGUGGCAAUAAAGGUUUUACGGGCGGUGGUCUAUGUAUGCAUAGAGGAAUGGCAAAAUAAGUAUAUAUAAUUGGCGAAUUUGUUUUUCGGGAGGAAAAUUUCUAAUGCAUUGACAUAUAGCGACCGAAAUUAAACAGGAAAAUUUAAAGAAGCAAACAUUAAGUGUCUGCAAUGAUCGCUUCUCAACUCUCUGAACUGAGUUCAUUGUAGACAAUGCCUCAGAACGUCUACAACAGACAACUCAACCUUGUCCGAUAAAAUACCAAAUCGAAAUAAUCGUGUCGGACCUAAAUCCACUUUACUAAGUAUACUAGGUAUUCUUUGUAUGCCACAAAUUCUUGCGGGCCUUUACCCGAUCCUUUUCCAAAUGUUUACCAACAAAGAAGUUUUCGAAAUUGUUUACUUUUCAUUAGUUUAUGUAAAACAGGAAUCGCCUACGGCAACACAUUCACUUUCGAAACUCUGAGCACGUAUGGCAGUUUUACGGGCGCCUUCUCCACCCGGGAGACCUGACUGGCAGUAGUCUCACAAGAAAAUGAUACCGCCUGCCCUUUGGAGGCAAGGCGACUUAGACGAACGCUCUCGUAACUUGGCAUCAUGGUCAACAGAGAAAAUCGUCCAUGCUUUUGGGCAUUUGCCUCUAGGCAGCUGGCUUGUCAGUACCCCUGACGUUUAACAUCCACAGUUAUUCCACGCUAAAUGCACGCGAAACCUUUUAUCUGAUUUGAUUUUUUUUUCAGCGACACUGCUGUGGCGGUUCGAGCUACCGAGUCUAUGAACUAUCCCAGUGGGCCAGUGGAAAGAGUGAAAUCACCGCCAAGAACGGUCAAGUGCCGGACUCCUGCUGUGCUCGUGGUAACUCCGGCGAGCUCGUUAAUGCGACGGCCUGUUAUACUACCACUGAAUUGACAGAGGUCCCAGACCUUGUCUACACUCGAGUAAGUCUCCGACGAGCUUCCUCUUUUAUGUUUAUCCCAUUUUACACGUAGGCUGGGUUUGUUAGGCGUCGACUGAAGGCUGGUCACUUUGACGGAUUGGCAGUCGCAGCAGAUGCUUGACUGUACGAUUUUGUCAUCCCACACUGGUCCCAUCCGCGUCCUGCUCCAGUCUGUUGGUCUGUGAAGCUGUGCUGUGCCCAGCCACCACACCUCAUAUGGUCUUUAGAGGCCGACCCUCACAGAGGGCUGCGCUGUAGACACGCUGGGUCAAAACGGGGGUCAGGCUGGCUCACGGUGCGGGUUUGUCAGGCUGUGCUGUGUCUGCGCGACGUACGUGCGGGUGUGUGGCCCGCCUCGGACGUAGACUUUCACGUCGCGUCGCGCUCAAGUCCAUUACCUGCUGUUGAUUGUCAGAUAUGGACGGUCGACCGGUGCCCCAGAGUGAGACAGGCUGGGAGAGCUCCACUCCACAGCACACCAGCACAUUUUUACUUUAACAGGUCUGACGCGUAUGAAUGAAUCACGUCGUGGCCGGAGGAGCAAAAAGUCCAACACGUGACAUAGUGUCAAGUUGCUUCGUUCACGCCGACACCCUGGCCUUUAUUUGCGUUUUAUCCAUCCGCUUUGUAUCUGUUAUUGCUUUUUGACGUUCCUCUCUUCUACUCCGUACGUGGGAGAUCAUAUCAUAAAAUAUCUUGCUGGGAGGGUUUUUUGACAUUAUACCAGCUAACUAGUUCGCAGGUAUUUGAAAACACUCCCAUAAUCUUCCCGUGUUUCUAAUCUCUCCAGACUACUUACCAUGUUCCUGAAAAGCAGCUUUAUAUAGCUCGUUUUGUCUGAGUAAGGAAGGAGAGGUCUGGUGGACCACCGGGACAUAUGUUUAUUUGUCUGAGCUAUCGAAACCAUACAGGAGUCUAUCGUCAUAUAGCAAAGCAACGACAGGACAAGCGAUAGCCUUAGGGGGCAUAAAUCAAUAAACAUAAGUGACACCGGCCUGGAGUUGGCUGCGCAGAACUUUGUACGCCGGCACCUGAUCAGUACGUCGGCUGAGUGAGUUGUCAUCCGAGGCUCAGGCCCGACCAGUCUUCUUCCUUAAUCGUACGUACACUUGGAACCUGAACAUUUGCCUCCACUCGUUUUGUUUGUUUGGAAGGGGUUCCUCCUGAUGCUCACAAAAGGUUGUUACAGUUAUAUAUUGAUCAUAUUGCACAGCUUUAAGAGACGUGCGAACAGUAGACUACACUGAUAAUCGUCUGGUUGUCACCAGCUUUGCUGCAAUCGUAAUUAUUCAAAGUUUGUGUGCGUGCAUCCGUGUAAAAUGUGCACAGCGAACGAUUUUUAUGCCUCUCUUCCCAGCCAUCUAAUGGAUUUAUGUAAGAACCAAAAAUAGUGAAAUUUAUCCCUCCUCGGAUGUGUUUUUAUGUCCUGAAAGGUUUUUACUGAUUUACGGGCACCGUCCCAGGACUUUUACAUAUUUAGCAAAGUUCGUUUUGUAGACACGGAAUGCUUAACUUCUCGCUGUGUUGCGUGACACCGAUAAACGAAAAGUGUUAAGUUUCGCUAAUAACUCGGGGGAUGAUUUUCAGCAAACUAAGAAUUGGUAAAUAGUUAUCAAAUUCUCCCUGAUUACUCCCCAUAUUCAGCAUUAAGUAAGCAGGCUCUGUUUUAGCAAAGCUGUAUUAGCUUUCAGGACAUAUCAUAUUUUUUGUGCCACUUCCUGCGAAUCUCGAUUCACACUCUAUCAGGGGUUGGCUGUCGACUUCAGACUUUGGAUUUCCGAAAUUCAAGUACCGGGUCUAAUUCCCUCCAACUUUACUAGACGUGCACGUUCUUUCAAUGCCUUCAUUCGUUUUAUGGGUGAUCGCGGGAAUAAGGACCCCGCGUAUUACAGGUGACCUUUUCCUAAAUUCCAGGGGGUCAGGGUUGGAAGGAGGGAGAGAGAGAAGUCUGUUUUAUUGCAGAAUCCAUGUUUCAUUCCCACUUCUUUAUCGCACCGAAGAGAAGCAACGUUGUUUUUCCACUGUGUUGGAUUUUGAUCUUACGCACAACGCGACUGGUCUGGUAGUUGGGCAGUUUGAAUUUCCUCAUGGCCUAGGAGGAGGGGGAACGAGGCAGCAUAUGGCGCUGGCAAUAACUGGGAAAUAAACGGGACUAUAAGAGACGCUUUGCUUUUUGGCCGUGAUUCAUCUACAUCGCUGAAGAAUACGCGCAGUCCAAAUGUUCUGGCGUCAUCUGUCACCGACAUCAGCUUAUCCGAAAAUUCUGAAUUAACUUCCUGAUUGGUUUGUGAAACAAAAAUUUCAGACUCCGGAGUCAGUAGUGGAUGUUAACCAACCUAACUAACUGCAAAAUUUGAGUGUCCUCACAAGGACGCGAGCCAGUAGAUGCCCACUAAGUUCACUGACCGCCGAUAGUAACAGUUGACAUCAUUGGAGAGCAAAAACAUGCCGCGAACAGCUAAGUAUUCGAGCAUGUCAUCUGUUUGACUUUUUUUCUAGAGCCCAUUUAAUUUUUGGCCUCUACACCCGAAGGAUAGGAUUGGCUGUUUAGAUAAGAAAGAAACCGUCUACAGGAUUCCAUACGACGGCUGCAAUGUCGUGUUUUGUGUUGAAACGGGAGACUCGACCUCUACACGCAAACAUUCGUUAGCAAUCUGCGUGCAUACGCUGCAAAAUGGUCGUAAAUUUGCCUGGGGCAAAAGUCUCAUUGUUGGUGUCUGUCCAUCUCAUAGAGCGUGAGAAUUUCUGGAGACCAUACACCCCUGCACUACCCGGCACAUCGAACUAAACGCCGUGUACGAUAGGCUCAUAGGAAAAUGGAAAAGGGUACAACGAAUCCAAACGAGAUGUCCGCAUACAGCAAUGGCUUAUUCGCGGAAUUUUUAUUUUUCAGGCAUAUUUGAAUUUCUAAGGUCUAUGCGCAUUUGCCACAAGUCUAGCGACAGCCAGGGAACCAUUGUCGAAAAUUUGCGAAGUAGAGUUUUGUUGACUUUCCCAAAGGAAUCUUUCCCUGGAAUAAGAAGUCCUAUCGUAUAGACAGGCCGGUAGAGGUGUGUGAAGGCGGGACAGCGUCUGUUUCCGGCCUAUCAGCGUCCCCUUCAUGCAACCGAGGUUGACCGGUCUGUGGCUGGUCGAAGAGGACGCUGAUAAAUCGAAAACGUCCCCCACCUCUUUGUGGAUCUGCCACUACCGCUGAAUUGCUUAUCCUCGGUUCAGGAUCUCCAGCAUCUGCCUGGAAAGCCUUGGAAGCCAUGGAAACCGGUACGGGCCAAUUACAGGAAGCACUGACGCCGUUGGUCUUGGUAAAGGAACGCUCAUCUAUCGCGUUACGGUACACACACACACACACGCGUCCCGUUGGGCCCUGGGGUUCAAUCUCGAGCCCCGCCAGCAGCGGCUCGGCGGCUAGUAUUAUGGGCAGAAUAACAUCACCGACAAAGACAUGGGAGCAGUGAGCGUCCGUGCCCCCAAAUGGGGCCACGUGGUAGAUGCACUGGACCAACAUAGGGAGCACAUCGGAUUCUAGCAGGCGUUAUCGGAAUUGCACACCAUAAAAAUGCCAACAUUUCGGGGUGCUGUGGCAGACCCGGUUGCCGACAGACGUCUCGCAGACUGGGACUGCGGCCGUCUCUCAUUGUUAUUGUUGUUGGUCAAAAACGUGGUUAUUUGCUGUGUGGGCCAGGGGGUGUGGAGUAGAGCGCCAACAUGCGGCCCGACCGUGCUAUCAACCUGCACCCUCUCCCGCCUCCGGUCCUGUCUACACCGGGUCCAGGUGGGGAGGGGGGAGGAGAGAGUGCGAUAGAUGCUGUGCAAGUCCACCAUCACUAUAAGCUAAAUCACACUCAAGUCACCGUCCCGACUCUCACUUCGUCGGCAACGAUGGUCGAACUAUUGUUUAUAUGCCCGAUCGCAACCGACAGGACAGCCAGCCCCUGGCUGAAUUGUUAGGACGUUGAACUUCUGACCAACAGGUCUUGAGUUUGGGGCCUCGGGAAGUUGCACACAUCGCGAUUGAGCAUGGCUGGCUGAUGGGUGCUAUUGGGCGAGAAAUGGCUUUGUCGACAAUGUUAUUCUUUGUCUUUGCGUAAGGGUAUGUCGGCUGUUUCUCAACGUAUCACCUUUCUACUUCAAAACAUAUUACGCGCGAGAAAAACAGCCAUUUAUGCGAUUUUUGAGCUAUUACAUAGAAUAUGGAACGUCUGAAGACGACCUGUAUUUCAGGCAUCGUGUUUCAUCAGUUGUCCUACCUACUGUGCGUUUUGUUAUCGUCCUUGUCAUUUCACGUUGGACGAAUUCGUAACAAGGGUCGUCGUCUGAAAUUUUUCUGGUUCUUGCAAAGUUUGCCUACAUCGUCCAAAGCAAUUGAAAACUCGUUGUGUGAUCCUUGUAUUGGCCUUACUGAUGUCACUAGCACUUAAUAUUUUUUUUACCACCCCACUUUGCACUGCGUUCUUAAGAAGCAACAUGGUAUCUUCUGACAUGUGGCGGUCAAGGAUGUGAGAUCAACUUAAACCACGCACAAUAAGUUCGUUUCGUCUAAUGCCAGAAGUCAGGGAGCUGUGAGGACGCAUUUAUUCUGUACACAGGGCAGGUUGCCGUAAGUUGGCUGUUUGCUUACAACAGAGAUAAGCGUCCGCUCACGGAGACUGUCGGUCGCGGUGUGUAGUUUAUGCGGGAGCGAAUGUGCGUCGGUAGGUGGGGGUGACUGGCUGAGUGCUGGUCAUGAGAUUGGAUGGAUUGGGAGAGGAUUAGGGGGAAGCAUAAUCACAGGGGCUCACGGGUGUCAAGCCAGGCCGUCCGACACGCGUGAGAUGAUAAUAGUUUGUGGGGGCAGCCGGGAGUCACUGCAGCUGCACAGGAGGGCUCUAGCUCUAACCGACGGGGUGGUCUUGUGUCAACGGCCUGUCAACGAUUGUCGCGGCCAUCGACCGACAAAACGGAGCCGGAGAAAGGGGGACUGCAGCGGCUGCUACAAAUUCCCCUUACUUUUUUUAUCUAUUUUUCUGCCAACCCUGGGGGAAUCAUUACACUGUGCUCAUCCUCCUCCCUUUCCUCCCUCUUCUCCGCUUCCGCUUCCUUCUCCCCUCCUCUCCCCCCAUACCCACGCCCCUCGCCAUACCACUAAUCCUGGUUCUGACUGACUUGGAAUCUCUCCACCCCAGCACGCCUUAGGUUUAGACUUCAGGCCACUUCAGUCGCUGCGCCCCACCACAUCUCCGGUUGUCUGUACUGGGACUUGCCACUGAUACCUGGGAGAAGGAGAGAUAGACAGAGAUUGACGGCAUUGCGUCUUGUAUACAGAGCCCAGUUUCCUCUUUGUAAACACCAAACGCCUUAGGGAUCCUGAUUUGGGACGUUAUCAACUUGCAGAAUAACACGGAUAUACUCCGCGCCGAUUAUCGGGCCUUAAUGACUCCUUCCCAAAGUGGUCAUUAUUGCGUCUCUCGUAUGUUAGCUCGGAGACUAUUUUACGAAGAUUGGUUUGUUUAGGAUCAGGGACUAGCACCUUUGGGUUACAGGUAGACGUGGCUGUAGCCACUGUGUCAACGUCCAUUUUCGGCAGUUUUAAUCCUGUCUAGCCAUUGAAACGCAACGGUGUGGGAGAGCGCUGCGCAAGUCUACUUUGCUAGAAACAAAUUAACAAGUAAGCCACCACUGCGCCCUCAGCGCCAGUGAUGGUAGUUGUUAACUAGGAUGAAAACAUUUCUCUUCCGUCUAAUUAUUUUUUUGAGAAUCCUACCUUUUAAUAACACGUUCACCAUCCCACGAAGACGUCGGAGAAGGAGAGGCGAAUUCAUGGACCGAGCUGUUUUUUUUCUUACUGACCUUUCAGAACCUUCCUUUUUUUCAUCAUCGGAGAGUUGCUAUGGCUGUUCCUUCUGGUCUUGAGUGUUUUGUAUAUGCAUAUAGGAAUGGUCUUCCUGCGACCGUUCCCGGGACCUCUAGAUUGAACCCCAAAGUGGAAGGGAAAGAGCGCAUCCCCUAACACGAUCGGUGAACGCAAUUCUGACAUGGCUUAUACUCCCGAUCGCAACGGACAGAAUAGCGGGCCCGUGCAUCAACGGUCGAGCGUUCGAUCCGAUAGCCACUGAUCCGGAGUUCGAAUCCCAGGGACUGAGGAUCCGGGGCUGCUUAUGACUGGCUAAUGAUGACUAAUAAGCCAGAAACAAUCAUUCCAGUCUCCCUUGUCUUUUUCGGCAACUUAUUCGCUAGUGACUAUUUCUGACGUCUGAGACAGUUUUUAACAAGUCUACUCUGACGGCCGUUAAUAUAGAGCCUGCUCAGACUACUUAACGGAGAUUUUGGAGAAAGCAAUUCCACCACUGUCUCACUCUGUCCUGAGGUGUGUGGUUUUUAGGGGUCAGAAUGUAGCAGCAAGUGUGAGGUGAGAUUCAUCGGACCUCAACAUGACCAUCUGUUUUUUUCCAGGUCCGUUUUAGGUAGAUUUUGUACGUACUAUUAUUAGCGCCUGCUAGUCAGCCUAGAAGCCCUUAAGUUUUUCCUACCCACUACUCGCGCGGUACGCCUGACAAUGUGUUGCGAGGAGAUUCCAUGCUCUCCACUCCCCUUAUGGACGCGUGGCUUUCCUGUCUGCAUUUGCGACUUUAGUCUGCCGAAAACGGACAGAAUCUAGACGGAUUUUUUCGGCAUGCCGAUGUUUUUUCUGCACGUCCAACAGCAUUUCACACCAUAUAAUCACCAACAGAUCUUCUUCUUAUUGUAUCUUUUCUGCCCGGUGGUAUGGCUCAUGAAUUUCAGCCGACAUCCCGAGCGGGUUUGGCAUUUUUUUCCGAUGACGAACCUGGCCGCAGGUUUGGGAUAGCUGACUGAAUCGUGAAUAUUAUAGCAAGAAUGGAAAACCAAUCUCCGUAAUUAACGCUGCCGGCUUGGUCGAGAAGUCAACGGCAUGCCGUCGAAAAUCCAGUAUUGAUUAAUUCCAUUAACCUUUGGCACAUCUGUUCGGCAUAUUUCUCCCCCUUUCUACCUCACCAUGGCUCUUUGUUUCUGAUCUGUUCUGUGCUAAUGAACGAGGGGGGAGUGAGUAGGGACAACGUCCACUACGGCUAUUCACACCUGAUCUCCCAUUUGCCUUACUCGACGGGGCUCUCGCUAAACACCCCUUUGUUUUCAUUUUCAACAUUUUAGGGCUGUUUCACCCUGAUGGAGGAGACCGUGGAGGGCAUUGUCUUCGUCUUCUCUGUCUGCAUGCUCUCGUUCGCUGUCUGGCUGGUAAGUCUACCGGUAGGACCGCACACCCCCACUGUCUGAUUUUGUGCGGGAAAUUGUUGCCACAGUUGCCUCCAGUUGGUCCUACCGUCACGUCGCACAUUUUCGCACCUCAUUAGCACUUUGUACUACCAGAUUAUCCCAAGGCUAGAGCUGGGCUAACUGAGCGUGAAGCUGGGUUGGGUGUUUUCCGCCACUUGGUCUCGCCUUUUUUGAUUUCACACUAACAUCAUUGACACUCGGUGCAGGGUGGAAUUGUGCACAAACUGAGCGACGGCCAAUCGGAGUCGCGUUGCGGGCUUCUGGAGACAAUGCAGCCUGCUCGUACACUUUGUCAGUUAAGGGGAAUUUCGCAUGAUUCCGUGAUCGCUUAACUGUAGUUCUCAUCGCGUCUCUGUCGCCUUUCUGCCACCCAUCUGCCGUUGUUGGCGAUCAUCAAGCGCAUAUCCCGGCUUCGUUCCUAGAUCCCUACGGACAGCAACUCUCCAGCCAACACUUGAGAACCGUGAAAAUUCGCUGCAAGUGACGUUCUCUGCAUUCUCCUCUCGUGUCUGAUUGCAGGACUUCUGAGGAUUCUGGCUGAACCACGCAUUUGCUUAUCCUGGUAGAAGUUGGAACGUUGCAGUAGCCUGCUUGCGUUGUUUGGAAACCUCCGGAAAGGUUUGUCUAAAGGCAUCUUAAGGUCAUAUUCGUCUGAUAGGGUUAGCAGGCAGUAGUUAAGCGUGUAUUCUGUCUGCAUUCACCACCCAUGGCACAUCCAUAGCUGGAACUUUUCAUUUGAUCUCCCGGUCUACGAGGAUCAGCUGACAUGCAUGGACAGCUGGACUUUUAGAGGCUCCGGCAAUUCCUGGUGCUGACUAAGACUCACUCGAUGCCGACGGCUUGCUGACUUUUUAUAUGUGACUGUGCUAGAGUGCCAAACUCGCCUGUGCAAGUUUGAGCUGGUUCACACUAGUUUAAAUGUUUUCCUCCACUGUAGGGGGUUUUCGCAGUCGCGCUAGAAGGAAUGUUUAAAGUUCUUGGGGCUUAACAGCCCACACCGUGGCUCGCAAAUCAUUGUAACUGUAAAUUAAUGCGUUACCUAUCCGUCCCCGAGUUGUUUAGUUCCAUUAUGCCGUACCGCCUCGAGUCCACGUGUCACCGGCAGCUUAAUGUAUUCGUUUGACGCCACCUUGAAAAAACUAGACAUGCUCCGUCCUUUUACAAGCCCUUUCUAUUCAAAUCGAAUGAAGUGUUAAGUGCAUGCGAAGUGGCUCAUUAAUCUUGCCUGUACUGUGAUAGCUCCUGGUAUCAUCCGCACCUACUUAGAUCCCCCAUUUUUGCUCGUUAGCGCCAUUGCCAGUUCCACUGCAGGUAGACUGCAAAUCAGCAGUAAAGUCACAAAAAAAAAUUAUUGUUCAGCGCCCCACUCAACUCCAUCCCGGUGAGUAGUAGUCUUUGAAAGGUUUCGAUUACUUGGUUUCUCUAUUCCUUCGAAAUGACUAAGCAACUUGCUGCUUCAGCAAGGUGUCCCAUUCAAUCGUCUGUGAACUCUGCACUUCAUUACUAACCAUUCGCUCGAUGCUUCCGUAGCCCGCAGCAAAUAUGCAAAUUGGAAGAUUCCACUUCUUGCGGAGUUCUGAAAUCCCAUUUUCCGGCAUCUUCUACAGCAUUUCGAGUUCCUGCUCGAGUGAGAGGGAAACCAUCAUUGUCAGUUCUGUAGUUCGUCACAGGAGCGCAGAUAGGGUUGCUCUGUGCAGGAAGCUGGAGGUCUGCGCACUUGGCAACCGCUGGGCAACUUUUCGAAGGCGCCUAAUGCAGUACUGCCUGACCCUGUUUGCGAAGUGGACUUGGAACCUUGAGCUGGUUCGACAUCGUGUGAAAAUUGACCAACUCUCAGUAAGGCCUAAAGCCAAUGCGAAAGCAAGUGCUUAAGCCAACACCUAGCCUGAAUUCCUGCAGUCUGUUCAUCGCGUAUGAGAGUGCCCCCUGUUUUGUGCGAAUUGCACGUAAUUCACUAACACGUCGUCUGCUUAAUGUUACCUCAUUUUUGGCCCAUAGUGAACAGACGCUCACAGUAGUCGACAUUUUCGUCUGUCUCGGGGCUCAUUUUUUGUUCAGAGAACAAAUAUGGGAAGACUUCAACUCCGUAUCCACCCUGCCGUGUGCACUGCAGGCUGUUGUAGUGCACUUGUCGUGCCGGGAAAUGCAAAUAGUGUUUUGGCUAGCUUUGGUAGGAACCUAAUAGGUAGGACCACUUGACAAACCAACACGCAAGAUCCCCUUUAAUACGGAAGUGGCGACAAUGAAGGGUUUUAUUGGUGGGUAAAAAUGGCAGCAAAAAGGGAAAUGUAGAGAAAAGAUAGGGAGAGGCAAUAAAUAAGCAGCAGUUAGAUUGAAGCAGUGUUUUCCCGGGAUAAAUUUGAACAAGGCGAAGGCGACAAAGCAUGCAGAAUUUGAUGACGUCAUAAAUUUCGAGACCUCUCAUUCAGCUGCACACGGUCAUUGCAUAGUUAUAUUACGAGGCACUUUCUCCUCACUAUAAACAAUCUGACGCGCUUGAAGCUAUCACGGUGCGCUAAAAGCCGUGGCUUGGAAGGUUGCCAACUGACGGGGUACCUUGGACCUCCUCCUUCACUGGAGGCGGUCUGAGAGUCAGGCUGCAAUGGCUCCUUUUUAAUGUGGCCUUUAUGGCAUUCGCACCACAGUGUGGGAUCCGAGCCAGGCGUUGGCGGCAGGCCCAGGUGCGGCUUCGGCCGUGCCAGCCUCCAAAUCUCUGUUGUGUUGGUUGAACUCCUGGUUAUUGCUGUGUGGACCAGGGGGUGUGGUGGAACGCCAAGGUGAGGAUCCGUCCGAGCCAUCCACCUGCGGCCUCCCUCGUCUCCGGUCUUCUUGACUCUGUCUUGACACCGGGUCCAGGCGGGGGAGGAGGAGAGAGUGUAGGUAGAUGCUACGCAAGUCUACCGGCACUAUAAACCCCUGCGUAAGUCACCGUCUCUGCUCCCAUUGCUGCUGCAACUGUGGGGCACACGGUGGACAUCAUCGAAACCGAUGGUCGAACUGUCAUAUUACGAGGCAAAACUGUUCAAUCAACGAUAGACCUAGAGAGCUAAAACGUGAUAGGUAACCUGAAACAUGGGUCUAGUAUGCGGGUGCAUAUGGUGAGGGGGGGGAGGGGGAGAGAAGUCAUCCAAGUAUGAGAGAACUGGUGCGGCGUGAUUUGGAGUGCAACGUGCGGGGAGCAUUCAGUCAUGCCGGGGAGAGGGGGGGGGCGGGUGGGGGCGAAAUGAGAGGGCGGACAUGGGAACAGGGUUUCGUCCAUAAUCGAUAAUUACCAUGGCAGUGCCAGGUUUAUCACAUGGUCCAGCUGCUUACAGAGUUCUGGUUUCCUCCUCCGUAUUGCAGCGGCCUCUGCGAAACGCAAGAGACGCUCGGUCGUCGCCCGAAACAGGACCUUGAAUGCAACCAUUUGGUCCACCGUAUGGCCCGUGUCCAAUAGGUGCUUUGUGAUUGAGCUCCUGGGUACCUUAUUUUCCGCCUUAAGCAGCCACUUCGGCAUGUGCUCAGUUGCCCGAGCUGCCAAUUGCUUUUGCGUGCGUCCGAUGUACUUGCAUCCGCAACUACAUGUAAACUCAUAAAUACAGUUUGAUGUGGCGUGCAUAGGCAAAAUGUCUUUAGCUGGUCUAACUGGGAUGGCGGUUGUGGUGCUUAUGAACAACAAUUUAGAGGCGGCAUACGUCCUUUCGAUAGUGCACCGAAGUCGUCGCUUGAUCACGUUUGACACAUUAUCACCCUUGAAGGGGAGGUAGAUGGUCACGGACUUUUUAGGUACAGAUAUUUAUUCAGGAGUUUCUUGUCUGGGAUGGCGAUAUUUAUCGAUGAAUUUCUCCGGAUACCCGUUUGCAAGAAAAACGUUUUUUUAGGAAAGUAAGCUCGUCAUCGAUCGUAUCUGAGGAGCAGAUUCUGGUGGCUCUAUUGAACAGGCACAAAACCAAGUUCCGUUUUCUCUGAAUCGGAACGAAACUGAGGAAGUGCAUGUAUUGUCCUUUCCAGGUGGGUUUUCGAUAGAUGGAUCUCUGAAUAGAGCCAUCUGCUCGCCUACGCACAAGGAUAUCCAGGAAAGGCAGUGUGUCAUUCUUCUCAUGCUCGAUCGUAAAUUUGAUCUUUGCAUGUGCUUUGUUCAUAGCCUUGAACAGUAGUUCUCCGUCGCCUGGGUUUUUGAAUGAGAGGUCUCGAAAUUUAUGACGUCAUUAAAUUCUGCAUGCUUUGUCGCCUUCGCCUUGUUCAAAAGCAGCAGUUAGUUUAAAUGCUCCAAUUCGGUUUAUAGAAGUUGCGCGAAAUGAAAAAACGCUGCGUCUUGGCAAAUUGUAAACUGGCAGGAAGUUUAAAAUGCCCCCAAAAUACGCAGAUCUCGUUUUGCUGGAAAGGCAGUGCCUACUGAAAGCAAAGCAGUAUUCCGACGUAAUGCAAAGCUAAAAAGGCGAUCUCGAGGGCACCUGUAUAGGUCCAACUCCUUCCCCCCUCCUGUCAUCGGUUAUUGUAAGAACGCAAUUGAAAAGCCGGCCCGACGCCGAAGUGCGCAGGUAGUAAUCCAAACCGUAAGUUCAAUUCAUCAUCUCUAGUCGUAACCGCAACCCUAACGCUAAAACUAACCAAAACCCUAACUUCAAAUUUGACCCUAAAACUAAUUGUUAUCAUAGAGCGAACCCUACCGCCGACUAUUGAGCGAACUGUAACCCUAAAGCUAACGCCAACUCUGGCACUAAGGCUAACCAAGACCCUAACUCAGAAACUGACCCUAGAUCUGAAAAUAACCGUAACCCUGAAACUCAUUCUAACCCAAGCAUUAACCAUAACCCUGACCUUUAGAACUAAUCCCAUUCCCAAAACUGACCAUAACCCUAAAACUAACCCCAAACCCAAGCCUGACACUAUAAUUAACCAAAGCCUUAACCCUAUAACUAACCCUGACUCUAGUCCGUAAAAGAACCCUACAACUAACUAACUAAUCAACGCCCUAACCCUACAACCAAUCUUAACCCCCAAAACUAGCAGUAAUCUCAAAACUAACUCUAACGCUAAAACUAACUCUAAAACUAACUCCGAUCCUAACUUUGUAAUUUGGCCUACCACGUACGAUAACCCUAGUCCUAGGCUCACCCAAACCCCAGCCACAAACCCAUGGACGAAAUCCAACCCAAAUGGCAACCCUAAAACCGUCUAAACGUCUGCGAAACCCUUAUUUGACACGAUUAUGUCCUUAGCCCCCUCCCUUCAAACUCAUACCCUGUCCACCAACGCCCUGCCCUCGGCACAAAUCCUAUGGUCCUAGUCCCCACCCCAGAAGCAUAACAGCAACCUGGAGAUCGGCUGACCGGAUUCUAACUCGCAGGAUUACCUGCCUACGUAAAUUAUAUAAGUAGUUAGCUAUGUAGUAACGCAAAGUGGUCCUAUUGGUUAGAUCCUUACCGUAUUUUAUGAGAAUGGAAAGCCGAGUUGCUGAACAUGACAAAUCUCUAGCCCAUCGGCAUGUUUGGCAGUCUUUUUAUUCCCCUUUUCCUACGGCUUCCGUCCCGGUUCAUAGUCAGGCUCAUCUGCUAGGGAAGUGGUCAAGAGUUUCACUUGUCCAAUUUAACGUUCUGCAGAUUAUUAGGUGAGUUCUUGCAGAGCGCCAUUCGUUCCCACCCCUGUCUCCGCUCUGUCGCCCCCUGGUGAGAACACCGAACAAAUCUGACGAACGUUGUUGAAGGUGUCUUUGUCUUAAUUGGUAUUGACACGUUGGUGGAAUGUAAACUGACUUUAACCGAUCAGGUGAAUUUAUAGGUCUGAAUGCAGGACUUCGUUCGCAGCCAAAGCUAUAGGCAGGACUUAGUCACUACGAACUGUCGGUCUGGUUCCGUAGAGAAAAGAAAGAUUUGGACGCCAUCUGAGAGGGUAUCGUAUUCCGUACAGAAAGCAUGGCAAACCAGUUAGAAUAAGUUGGCAGCUGGGCGAGAAGACACGUCCCGCGCCGAGGCAGCGGCGACCUGAGCGACAGCUGGGGAUGCGUCACAGUACCUUGAGCGAGAGCAUGUUUGAGUUGGCCGGUUUGGACAGACGUGAUUGGCCAAGAACCAGACUGUCACUCGUGUGCACGUGCAAAUACCCGCGAGAGGCGUAGUGUUUCAACAGAGGCCAUUACAUGUGCCUUCUUUCCAGACUGGAGCUCGAGUUAAAAGUGCGAACGGAGGAAAAAGGGUAAUUUGAGUGGAUGAGAAAAGUACCGACACUAGUGUUAUCACCAACGUGGGUGAUUGUGGCCGCCAGGAAGGAGCUAGAAUAACGUGGGCUACUUGAGAAAGCCGAUACUUGAGUUGUUCAUUUGAACCUUGGUGGCAGAUUCGUAUCUGGUGGCGAUAUUUGCAGGUUUGGGUUAGACUACGUCGCUGUUGAUAGGGGAGGUAAAGUUUUGGAUAUCGGGAACUAUGGCUUCGAUUCGACGGGCUAUAGGUUUGAUGACAUCCAUCCUGACUCAUGACAGGUGUCAGCGUUUUGCAAUCUGCGGAUGGUUGACACAGGAAGAUCAGCGGAAUGAAGUGUGGUGGGAAUUUUGUGAUGAUUGAGCUUAGCUACGUUCGGCAGUUGCGUUUCGACCACGUCGGGGUCACCAAUGUUAGAAAUAUAAUGCCCACGACUCGUAACCUUUGUGUUACGAGCCUUUACCGUCAGUUAUUAUCCACCAACCCGACAAAGAACGCCAGUUAGAAAAGCCAGUAGGUGAUUAAAAUUAAUAUUCAAGAGUCCAACUACCUGAUUUCCAAGCGCAUACGUCAAUUAGGAAAGUUCUGCAGACUUGUGUCCGUUACAUAAAAAUAACUGGCACAUCUAAGGAAAAGUGACCAGACUACUAAAGACAAGUCUCUCCGGCACCUCAACACUGGACCCCCCUUUUUGUCUUGGAACUCCUGUAGAGAGCGCUAGCACGCGGCGGUAUAGCAACCGAGCACUAGUAAUCACGAGCUGUUAUCAUCAGGAGCAAGGUAGACUAACAACUAUUUGUGGCACGUUUGUGGUCAUCAGCCAUCUUUGCCGAAGCCUCAGGGCGGAAGGACCAGGUCCUUAGUCGAAUAUUCUAAUAUUCUCUCUCCCCCUUUUUCUAUCCCUCUCACUCUCUCUCCCUCUCCUCCGCUCUGCUAGUAGGGCAUGACCGAAUCGGACUGCCGUUUUGAAAUACUGCCAGCUCCUUGUUUACUGGAAGUUCCUAUGAAACUCAUUUUGGAAACCUGUUACUGCCGAGACACCUGUAUGGAAACAGAAUUUACGCAUAAGUAGAGAAACAUGAGUAGAGGGAACAUGACUCCCUUUGACUCAAAUUGUUGGGCUGUAUUCUCCUAGCUGCGUGUAUGGCUUCUCGUGCAAAGGAAUGAACUACGCCUGCCCUUACAUUUAUGCCACAACGUACCUGCGGCACCACAUGCCUUCUCGACCAAAGUCAGGAAUUGAAGGGCUUACAUAUAACCACCUCUACUAAAACUCAUGCCCACUUGGUUGCCACCUACCUUCUUUGGGUAGAGGUCUGCAUCUGCCUAUGGGCCUCGACAAUAUGCUCACCGUAUUCACCUCCUUGGACUACAAGGACUCAAUCGAUGUUUGGCCACCUAUCCCGAAAAUGAAAGCAUGCUCACCUUCCAUGUUUGUCGGAUGAUAGCGUAAGCCUGUCCACAGAAAAGGAGACGAGGUAACUUUAGACGAAAAUUCAGUGGGUUGUACUUCUAUUAAUGUUGUAUAUUACUUAAUCCGCAUGACGUACUGUUGUACCGGAAAGAUGCAAUACUUAAACGAUGCAGGGUCCUGUAGGAGGUGCCUGGUUUAGGAACGCACUCGUUGACAUUGGGUGGCACUAUUGUUGGGUUCUUUCGUCGGUACCGUUCUCCCAGGUAUAGUAAACAGCACUCAACAAUGACCUUUAAGUGGAGUUGGAGACUGAUGUGUCCAUAGUGUUAUCAAAGGGUGAGUUUCAGUAGACGUCACCCCUUUUCUGCCACUGUCUCUGAUGAUGGAUUCAAGUGAGAAUCCGAAACGUCAGGCGAAUAAACCCCUUGUUCCAGUGAUCGCUAUUUCUUCUGAUCGGGAUAGUUAUAUUUCAUUUCAACCUCGUGAAAAUUCAUACUGAUUGCAGAGCGCUCUACGUGGACAAUAAGGUUUCAUACCGCACUCAAUUCGCAGUUUACGCGCAUACUCUUAUGCCCCGUGGCCCUAACUUGGGCUCACGCCCUCCCCCUCCCGUCUGUACGACGCUCCACCCUCCGUUGCUGCACCUCAUCUGCAGUCUUAAACGAUUGGCUUAGCAAGAUUCCUCUAAGGCGGGCCGUGGAAUGCAGUUAUUUUUCAGCUCCACAAUUACGGCGUAGUUGGUGAAUUGUUGCUCUGUGCGAUCGUGCAGGCCUCAGCUUCUUACGAUUGGAUUUCCGAUCUUGUGCAGCAGUAUGGCUCGCCGUUACCCCGCUUAAAUCCUUAUUCGUUGAAGUUCCUCUAGUGCUAGCUGUGCACAUUUCAAACACUAACCAUAGGUCACUGAGGUUAAGAGCGGUAAUCUACUUGUCCUCAGUCUAAGCACGCGACCAAAGCCCUUCGGGUUUCUGUGAGACCAGUUCUGCAAAUCGUUUGCGGGUUUUGUAAAACUCCGGCCCCGAGAAUGCUUUCUCCGUUCCCCUGCAUUGGCUAUUCUAGUGUGAUCUUUCGCGAUGUGAAAUUAAUUUGAUUUAACAACCUGACAGGGGCCUCGAACUUUUUUGUUUACUUCACUGGCGUCAAAAACGAUAUUCUGGCAGUUUUUUUUAGCUCUAACACUAAAAUUAGCCAAACCCUUACUCUUAAACUAACUCCGAUCCUAACUUUGUAAUUUAGCCUACCACGUACGAUAACCCUAGUCCUAGGCUCACCCAAACCCCAGCCACAAACCCAUGGACGAAAUCCAACCCAAAUGGCAACCCUAAAACCGUCUAAACGCCUGCGAAACCCUUAUGUGACACGUCUAUGUUCUUAGCCCCCUCCCUCCAAACUCAUACCCUGUCCUACCUAGGGGAAUUGAUCUCUUCAUUAAAUCUCGCUGCAGCUUUCUUCCGCUGAACUUGUUCACUUUUCUUAAUUAUGAAUUUGCGCUUUCAAAACCUAGGUCGUUGUAGUUUUUAUGCUAUGCUACUAAACACCGCACACAUGGCAUGUCGCGACUGCGUUGGCAGUGUAGCGAUCCGCAAAUGCAUGUCUCUUGUACAUCCAUCUGUGCGGCGGAUCAAUAACUUGGUUGUAGUGCAAGACCUUGGCUACUGGCCAACGCCUUAACAGUCCUUCAGCUGCAUCUUUCUCGUUGAGCCCUUCAUCUUCCUGACCCGGAUUAGGACUUCAACCAAGCGACCACACCAUUAAGGGAAUAAAAAUAAGCAAGCAGCUUUCAUGCUGACCGAGAACGCUUGAAUGAAGUAGAUUUCCAGACCUGAUGAAGUCUGCCGCUGACAUGACUGCGCGCUGAUCUCGGUGGGUAGCUAUCCCGCCAAAAAUUCGGUUAGACUGAACUGCAAUCAACGCCGGUAUGCCUCAGGAACUGCAGUCCGUGACCGAUCUCGUGAAAUGUUAGCCAAAAUUCAGGAAUACGUUUCCGAUUAGGAAGGAUUACUUAAGUGGGGUUGUUAUACAGAUUAUCAUGCAGCAUAACCCUAUAACAUUUCGGACUCACCAGGAUGUCGGCUUUUAAAUGCAUUUCUUUUUGACACCCUGCAAAAACCACACUCGGUAAAAAAUGACUACUUAAGUAGCAUGCAUUUUUCUACUGAUUUUUCUGUGGUCUUAUAAAUUCAAAUAUAUUUUGCAGAAAACAUGCACAAAAAUAUGCCUUCUGUUGCUCAUUUGGAAGGAAAUCACAUUUUCUUCAUAUUUUAUGCCCGAACACUGUGUAUAUUUAGGUUUUAAUAAGGUUUCUAAUUAUGAGAUUUUUAGGACCCUGCGGUGUCCAUGCAUGCAAGCCCGCACAUGUCCGUUUACUAAUGCUCCCCAUGAAAUGUACAACACAGUCCGGAUCUAUUGCAAAAUUUCAUGAAGUCUAUGUGGUAUCUUCUUAAAAGCAUAGAGGAAUAUAUGAUUUUCCUUACGCGGAAAGCAUGCGCCUUGUAGACUGAAAUUGCCAAACGCUGAGGCAGUGGCGGAUCGGCAUAACAACCCCACUUAAGUAAUCCUUCCUACUCGGAAACGCAUUCCAGAAUUUUGGCUAACAUCUCAUGAGAUCGGUCACGCACUGUAGGACCUCCCGUAUUACAGGUGGCCUUGCGCGCUAAGCUCCAUCAGGGGUUGGGGUUUAAAUUAGGACACCAAAAUAGUUAUCCUCCGAAUGUAGCGUGGGGUUAUCUGUAACAAGGGGGGUCUAUGUUUUCGUGUCCAACUCGCUGGCGGCAGUGUGUCCCGUGAACACGACAACUCAAAACACCAAUCAAACUCCAUUGUUGAAUACUGUUUGUAAUGCCUAUGCGAACGGUGCCAGCAGGAUCCCCCACGAAUACGAUAAUCACAUAUUAAUGCACGCAUUUCUAAACUCUGUGCCUUUUACUGAGUCCUGAGUCGUUUAGGUAUUGAACCUUGUCCAACUAUGCGCCAUUAUGAUUAAAUAUUGGGUAGGACUGACUUACAUGGCCCCCUGAACAGGACAUGAGAACAAGAACUGCCUGCAAUACGGGUGGCUUCGAUCCAACUUCCAGUGAAAUUAGGGUUAGUUUAGGGAUUAGGUUUAGGGCAAGAUUUAAGUUAACGGUAUGAUAAGUCACGAUCAAGUUUAGGGCUAAGAUGGGGGCUAGUGUUGACUGCAGAGUUAAGGUUUAGGGCAGGGCUAGGGCCAGUAUUAGGGGAACAGUUUAGUUUUAUAUUAGGGUUAUUAUUGGGGUUAGCACACGGGAAUAUUUUGCCCUUUUUGGAAUUACGCGAAGGUCCACCUUUAUAACUUACGCGGGGCGUGCCUCUCCCCAUGUCCUUUUUAGGGGUCCACAUAAGUCAAUCCUGUCAAAUAUUGCGUCGUAUCAAUAGAGGCGCAGCCCCAAUUGUUUGCCAUAUGAAGAUACCACGUUCUCUUUUCUGUGGUUUAUGGCCUACGUUGCUAUCAAGCAAGUAACUAAAGUGAGCCUACUUUCGAAUGUAUCAUUUUCGGACUAUAUAGCUUAACCUCGGCUGAACCACUGUGGUACAGGGAAGUGUAUAUGGUGAACAUGCUGUCGAAAUAUAACUUCCGAGAUAGAUAAACAAAUCCAUACGUCUACCCAGGGCAAGUGAAAUAUUCCUUUCGGCACUGCGUAAAGUGAAUGACAGAAUGGGAUGGGACCGCCGCGAGCGAUAAUAUCCACCGUGCGUCCCACAGCGUUGUUAGCACAGGGACGGUGACUUGCUUGUGAAUUCGUUUGUAGUGGCAGUAGACUUGUGCAGUACCUACCGCGCGCGCUCUCUCCCACCCAUCCGAGUCCGGUGUCAAGACAAAGACAAGAAGACCGAAGUCAGGAGAGGACGCGUUGGCUGACAAGGUGAGGGGGGCGACUCGGAUCCCAAAAGAAUGGCAGCGCCAUAAAGGCCACAUUAGGAAGAGGCCGUUGCAGCCUGUCUUGAAAGGAAAACCGGAGCUGUGGUGUCAGUUGGCAGCUUUCCAAGCCACGGCUUUUAGCGCACCUGGCUAGUUUAAAAGCGCCUCAGGUUUGAGGAAGAAGAUGGGCUCACCGGAACAGGUUUAUUUAGAUGCUGACGUUUCGAAGAGCUGGCUCGACUCUCCAUUGUCAAAGCGUAAAAUACACUUAAUCGACCAGAGAUCCCAAGUGGUGUGUCACGUUGGUCGGCCUCGUGCUCAUCGAUUUUCUGUCCUCUCGCUGUCUCGGCCUCUCGGCGGAUGGUUGUCGGGCGUUUUGUCAGCGUGCUUUGUGAGUCACCCUUCCGUUAGGGGGGAGGGGGAGUGAUUGAAUCAGUGUCGGGUGGUCGGUCUGGCGAUUCUUGUUCUUCUUCAGCGAGUAAACUCGCCGUCGGGCUGUCUCCGUAUAGUCUGUUUGGUCCUGACCUCUACGAUUGUGAUGACGUAAAACUUUGUAAGCUGCAGGAAGGUCCAGAUGCCUGUUGAUGGAGUGGGCAUCGGAGAACCACGCCUCGAGAGUUGACCGUUCUGCAUUUUGUGUUGUCCCCGCCUAAGAUGGUAGCUCGCCACAGAUCGAAAUUAUGCCCAGUUUCUCCAACGUGUGUUGCUAAUUGAGAGUUGUUUAUGGUGCUAGGAGACUUCGGGCGUCGAAGCCCCGUCGUAAUUUCCAAGAUGGAUGGAUCUUUGGUUCUUUUCUGGGGUUACGUGAUCUUUCUGAUAAGAUAUACUGGUGCUAACGCCUGUCUAGGUAUAAGAGCCCCCUGUACGCCGUCACUGAUUACUCAAUGCGAGCGACCAAAGGUGAGGGUCGGACGUCGUAUGCGGUCAGAGCGGAAUUAACACCUCGUACAGUGUGGAACCUCCGGCCACCCUCAGUCCAUCGUUGUGACUGUCUGUUCGCUAGCAUCACGCAUUUGAGCUACCAAGUUCAUUUGUAACUUCAUUCGCCUCGUGCCGGUGAUGCAACUUAUUCGGUUGUCCGUUUGCAUCAGUGUGCCGUAAAAUUCCCCACUCAGCUUAUUUGGACGAGCAAGCGCGUCUCAGAUCUGUCACUAAUUAUGCCGCCAACCGAUAGCAGUUUCAAUGUUUUGAAGAAAGAGACGCGAUCGCUCGGGCGAGAGCUUUAUUGGCCUGACGUUUCGGAUUCCUGCUCGAACCCAUCAUCGGAGACAGAAGCAGAUAGGGGUAAUUCAUGCACAAGGAAUUGCAGUAUUUAUAGGAGGCAGUCGCCAUGCUAUCGCCUACCUAUGAACAUUCACGGCUCCCCCCUUCAUCCGAGAUCGUCGCACUUGGUGUGCUAAUUAUUUGAUGGCCGACAUUCGCGUCGUUAAUUGCUGCAAUUUCAUCACGUGCUUCGGAUGUUGGUGUGAUGAUGGCUCGAACAUCUGAUCCACCGACCCUGGCGUUGGGAAAAGUGUUCACUUGUGUGCUCCCCGCGUGGCUAAUUACUCCGCCUAGGCGAAAUCUCAGCACCGAGUAUGGAAGGGAAAGUUCAUUGCACUUGUUAAUGGACUGAGGACCAGUAAACCAUGAUUCAAGUAGCUCCCGGCCCACGCGGUUGUCACUUCUUGCGAGAAUUUCGGCCUCGUCGAGUUUGAAUCUGUGGCGAAAUCUCGUCGAAUGAGCUGCAACUUGAGAGCUGGUGUCAUUUCUCCGCACCGCUGCAGCGUGUUCGGUCAUUCGCGUUCGGAGCUGUCUUCCGGUUUCUCCGACGUAGUUCCUUUGUCCGCAACUGCACCAGAUUCGAUAAAUGACUCCAGACGUUUCUAGCCGUGGCAGUGGGUCUUUCGGUUUCAUUACCUGACGCCUAAUAGUUGGUUCAUGCACAAGGGGCUGCACUAUUUAUAGGAUGCAGUCACCAUGCUACCGCAAUGUUUCAAUAUUUGUUCUUCGGCGGCGGUCUUUGCAAUUGCUUGACAGUUACGCGGAAGUGCCAUUGAUGAAUGAAUUAACAACUUUGUCGACAAAAGCAGGAAACGUCGAAACGAUUCUUCAUGCCCGGCGUCAGCCAAAACCCAGUUUUAGAUCCGUGUGCAGUUGACCAUUCAGCCACAGUCUCCUCCUGUCGACUCACGUCCAAAACAUUCGAGUAAGUGGGCGUAUGACUGAUCAGCGAUGUCAGGUGCAUCCUGACUGACCAAUCCAGUCUUCCUUUGCCUUGCCGGCUUCAGACGGGAUGGGUGGUUGCGCCUUCACGGAGGAACUGUGAUGCAACUGUUCAUCAUUAAAGUCACUUCUCCCCUCCCCACGCCCCGGACUUCUCAUGUGGCGUACAGUAAGCCAACCCUGUCACAAUAUGCUUAUAGGUGCAAAUGUGAGGGCCAUGAAGUGGCCAGUCCGCCCUCUCUUCCGCCUACAAUUGUGUCUCUGAGCUCAACCAAGUCAAAAAUAUCCCUUCCAUGACUGUCUGAGGCAUUCGCAUAAAAACACUGUGGAGGGAGAUCGCAGUGUGCACUGUUUCUCCCCGAAAGGAGCGUUCAUCGGCCUCACGGUCUUCGCAGGGCAUACUAGCGCGCCCGUUGUCUGGUCAGAGGCAUAGAGGUAGGCAUAACUAAAAGCCGACAUAGCUGCCGUCUUAUUCUCCGCGCGUAUUUGUCUGUCUGACUUUGGUGAGGCUUGGACGUCGUCGGUGUGGUGUGCAAUGGACAGGAACCUCUGAAAACCGUGGGUGAAUCAGGUAUAAAACUAUACGCUCCCCUUAGCCCUUUUGAUCCAAUUUUUUGAUUUUCGACUGCCUAGGUGUUCACGUCUUAUUUUUCACCUGCACCAAAAAACGCCUCGGCAGUUUUGGAUCACCACACCCGCUCUCUUGCUUUUUAGCUCAUCAUGACACUGCUGGCCGGCUACGUAUGGCGUACUCUUCCCCGAAUGGUCCUUCUGUAG